AGUUUUAGUCUCAGUUGUCACAAACCGUACCGGACGCUCUCAACAUUUUUCUAAAGUUACCUCCGAUACAAACAUAAUGGCUCGUUACCAACUACACCUUCUAGUUCUUAGUUUAAUUGCAUACUUUUCUACAAGCGAUGCUCUUAGAUGUUGGUCCUGCUCUUCGGACAUGGAUUUACCAUGUUCGGAUUACUUCAACACGACCGCGCUGAGCAGACAAUACAAUCGUUACGGAAACGCUCCUCAGCUGACGGAAUGCACACACAACAAUCAGCUCACUUACCAAACGGGCAAGCCAGUUUGCUCCAAGAAAGUACAGACAUCUUAUGGAAGAACGACCUACAUUCGCCAAUGCAUGUAUCUUCACGAGCAGGAGAAAGUUGGUCCAUGCCCAGCUGAAACCACAACAAGCGCAACGACUAUCGAUUUCUGCGAGUAUUGCGACUAUGAUGGUUGCAACGGAUCUUCGAGCCUGAAGAGCGCUCUCCUCCUCACCAUUAUCUCACCAUUGCUUUAUUUCUUCUUGAAAUAUUAGAUAACAUUAUUAUUA